AUGUCUUGUGCGGCGCAAAAAACUAUCCCAUCUCUUCACUAUCACCCCAAUAUGCUUUGUCAAAUAUGUACCAUAAAUGAAAGCAAAUACAAAUGUCCUACCUGCAAAAUAGCAUACUGCUCGCUAGCAUGCUACAAAUCGGAGAGCCAUAAACAUGAAAAUGUGAAACUCAGAGACGAACGUUCAAUGCCAUUGUCAACGCCAGAUCAAAAUAAUACUAAACCGAUGACCAAAUUUGACAAGUUUCUUCAAGAUGAUCAAAUCGGAUAUCUACUAAAAGAACCAGCCUUGCAAUUCCAUCUUCUAUCUAUCAUCACUAUACUACAAGAUGGGUUUAUCAACAAUCUCAACCAGGAACAAAAAUUGGAGGUAAUUAAUCUCAAAUUGAAUGAUUUACGAAAGGGGGGAGUGGAACAAAACGAACUAGUGGAGGAGUUUGUACAAAGGGUGUUGGAGUUGGAUCAAAUUAACUAA